AUGGCGUCCCCCGCGGCGCAAAAGCGCGCCAAUGUUGUGGUAUCCAGGCUCAUUCCGCCGGUGCUACUCGGCGCCGUGGUCUACGCUUCUUACGCGGUAACGAAACCGCUGUGCAUCGACUAUUUAAUUCAUCCUUUACCUUCUUAUGACCGAGGUCCACGAGUUGGCGCUGGCGCUGCGAUCCUUACCGUCUAUUACGUCCUUUUAAUUCCUAUGGUUGUCACUUAUCUUCAUCUUUAUUAUCACGUCCUUUGGAACCCUGGCUAUCUUCCCAUCGGCGAUCAUAAGCUGCAGGAUGAUCAAAGCGAUGAAAACGAAAAGAAGACGAAGAAGUCGCACCGGAGGCGCCAUCGGAAGAGCGCGCGGAAAGCCGAGUCCGAGAAAACCACCCAGUCGGACACUGACGUGGAAAGGGGCUUGGGCCCCACGUCUGGGGGCGUGAAAUCUGAACCAGAUCUGGAUUUAGAGAGCUUUUAUACCAAGGACGUUUUCGUGUGCCAGCAGGAUGGCCGGCCCCUUUGGUGCUCAACCUGCUGUCAAUACAAGACAGACAGGGCACACCAUUGCAGGGAGCUGGGUCGCUGUGUGCGCAAAAUGGAUCAUUUCUGCCCCUGGGUUGGAGGGGUUGUGUCGGAGACAUCAUUCAAAUUCUUCAUUCAAUUUGUGGUUUACACUUGUAUCUACUGCACUUUCGCUCUUAUAGUCUCCGCAUAUUUCACUGCGGAGAUCCGGCGCAAUACCGGAGGCGCAAAUCCGUAUUGGAGUGCCCUUUUUGCUUUCUUUACAGCUGGAAUGACUUUGAGUUCGGUACAAAUGGGCAUCUUUAACAUAACAACGAUUGAGAAUCUCAAUCGACGCACCGCUGUUUGGACCCUUGCUAUACGUGUGCCUGAGCAUAUGCUCGACCGACUCUGGGAUACCCAGUCUCCCUGGGCCCCAACAUUUCCCAUGGUCUCCUACCCACCCGAGGCAUCGACCCCAGGCCAACCGCAAGAAACGAACCCCUCCACCGAACGCCACGUUUUUGCUAUUCUCCACACCCAACCGGGCGAGAAUCCCUUCGAUCUGGGCACUCCAAUUAAGAACCUACGGCAAGUCAUGGGGCACAGUAUCGCCGAUUGGCUCCUGCCAAUCAAGCAGAGCCCAUGUGCCGAUCAUAGUAGCAUGGAGAGCCAUUACGCCUUUGGUCCCGUGGUGACGCGCUUGAAACAGGAGGCUGGACUGGUGCCGCCCGAUAAUGGGGCUGUCCCGACAACCCCACAUUCAGGGCGUAACCAGCCGGAGAAAAAUACGCAUUGA